AUGAAUCCAGUCACAAAAUUUAGCAUACUGCUCAUCAUGACUUUAUGCUUUCUCUGCUCCACAGAGGGUCUGAUCUGUAAUGUCUGUGAAAAGUCACAAGAUUCAAAAUGUACAAUGUUACAACGCAGAUGCUUUGCAAAACCUGGUGAAUCAUGCACUACCGUAUCAUACUUUCUUGGAUCAAGACAUGUCUUCUCAAGGCAAGGGUGCUUGCCUCAGUGCAAGGAAACACAGUAUAACAGAGGAAAGAAGUUGAUUUCUGUAAUGUGCUGUGAACAAAACUUUUGUAAUAGCUUCUAGAUGGAGAAGAAUCACUUGAAGAUCAUCUUGUGUUCAAGAUCAAACUUACAAAUGAAUCAAGACGAGGAACUUGCUUUCCUACUUGAUUUCCAUGCUGGCCGGAGAUCCCUGAGAUAGCAACAGAGGCUGUGUCCUCAUUUCAGUGAAAGACUUCUUGACCACACCAUUAGACCACUGCAAAAAAAA